ACAAUAUGGCUAAUGUGCAUUCAUUAUCUCUCCCUGACGUAAACAGUCUGUCAUUUGGCUCAUCUUUUCAAGCUUUUCUGGAGUUAGACUCCACAUUAAUACACUUCGACCCAGUCCGCGAAUGGCUGAUAAACCACGAAGAAUAUGCAAAGUAUUUCAACACAGAUGAAUUCGCAAAUCAGAAACCAAUGGAAGUUAAUCGAAUACUCUGUCGCGCAAUAUACCUUCUUGUGGAAUUCGUGAAAUCCGAGCAGAAUGAAAACGAAGAAUCAAAGUCAACUCGUACUGGGUUCCCGUUUAGGCUUUUUAUCGAUUUCAAGCCAGACGGUGCUUUGUGUUACAUCUUGGCAGAAAUGUUUGCCUUCAAGUUCGAAAAGGGAUGGACAAUAUUUGACUUGGGUGCUGUUUCGAAGAGACCGGACACAUUGUUAUUACUAACCAGAAUCGAGAAGUGUUUGAUUGAUCAGAGUUUGUUCAUAAUUCCUAGAGUAUUUUUCGCACCUGAUGUUACGCAUGCACUAAAAGAGCGAUUAUUAAAAAGUGUGAAAGAGCAUAACGGUGUCAUUGUAGAAAGCGAAGCUCUAGCCUCGCAUAUUGUACAUGAGCAGAAAGCACUUAUUCAUGAAUCAAAAGAAAUUUUGGAAGCUAAAGGUCGCAUCAUUUUCAGCUCCAAAGAAGUUAAUUUAAUUCAUCAAGUUUUCAAACCGGAAAGUUACAUGUUUUGGGUGCCCAACGACAAUAAGUCUGAAACCCAAGAAAAUAUCAAUUUGAAUUCUAUCAAUUGUGUUGCCAAAUACCAUGUUGAUUAUAAUUGGUUAAUAAGUUCAGACUAUAGCAAUGAGUGGGUUUCAGAGUUCGAUUAUAUUACGAAGGAAGAUAAUACGAAAGAGUAUAUUGAUUUUUCAUCCAAAGUGUUUGAUUUAACAAGAGAAACAACCAGAUCACCUGUGACAGCAGAUGUUGAACCUUCUGAAAGCAAUUCUCAACCAACUGGUGAAAUUGAGAGAAAAGAUAAUUCAGAAAGAGAAAUUGUAGUUGAAAUUCCAGAACCGUCAAAUAAUGUUCAGAUAGUCACCAGUCCUAGUGCAAUGCAGCCCAUGGUCCAAGCUAAUGUAGAAUUGAUUGACAUGGAUUCGGGUCCUACAGAUCCGAAACGUGUUAAAUUAUGUCUAAGCACAACUGAGCCGACGUCUAAAAUAGCCGACCAGACUUUUCACAUUAUUAUACCGUCUUACAGUGCAUGGUUUGAUUAUAAGUCGAUUCAUGAAAUCGAAAAAAGAGCAAUACCGGAAUUUUUCAUCGAUGAAGAAAGUGAAGUUAAGUCCCCAGAGAAAUAUUUGUACAUGCGAAAUUUUAUGAUAGAUAGCUAUAGGAUAAACCCUUUUGUAUACUUAACUCUGACAUCGGUUAGACGGAAUCUGACAGGUGAUGUUUGUACAGUGUUUCGCGUUCACGCUUUUUUGCAGCAAUGGGGUCUGAUCAACUACCAAUGUGAUUUGGAACCUAAAUUAUCACAAGAUAAUGCACGGCGAUUGGCUAAUCCGGCGACCUAUCAUGUAUUUGGAAAUAUAAAACAACAAGUAGACGAAGCUGGAAAUGAGCAAAGCUCUCCUUCAACAGUACCGGAGGUCAAAGCGAAUAUAAAACCAAUUCAAAUUGUACGCAGUCUCAAUGCAACUGAGAGAAUAGCUAAAUUUGAUGGUUUUGGAACCGCAAAAUCGGAAGAAACUUCAGAAGAAGCCAAAACCCUUCACAACUUUGGACUACAUGCUGACUUGCAUUCGUCUAAAAAGAAGAGUCAAAAUAUGAAAAGUGGAGCUGCUGCGUCGAGCAGUAAUGCAGUUCCUGGAAGCGAUUGGACGCAAACAGAGGUUUUCCUGCUUCUGGAGGGAAUUCAGAUUUACGAGGAAGAUUGGGAGAAAAUUUCGGAGCAUGUUGGAACAAAGACUUCAGAACAAUGUAUAACUCAGUUUCUAAAAUUACCGAUUGAAGAUUCUUUCAUAACAGGGUCCAAAACUAGCGAAUACUUGUCGAAGUUUGACCAGGUACCGUUUGCAAGUAAUCCGAAUCCAGUAAUGACAACAAUAGCGUUUCUGGCGCGCGAAGUAGAUCCAAGAUUAGCAGCGGAAGCUGCAAAAGGAGCUCUAGAUAAGCUAAGUCGAUUGGCCACGAAGAAGGCAAUUGAAUCUGCGUUACGCAAUGAAGAAUCAGAGCUACACAAUGAAGAAGUAGCUACGGUUGUUACUCCAUCGCACAGUGGAGCGCAGUCAUCGAGCGUCUACUCGGAAAACGAUGACGCAAUCUCCAGUUCGGCAGUUUCCGGUCAAGAUUUUAGCGAUGAUGUCAGUUGCAACAAGGAAAAUAUUGACAUAACUGCAUCUACUUUGAAUAACGGUGAAAUUUCAUCAGUCGAAGGCGCUCCCCCCGAAGUGAGCCAAACAUCAGUUUUAAAUGACAGUGAACAUGUUGUGUCAAACGAAGAGUACAAUCUGAAUUGCGAGGAACAUGCAGCAAUGACCAACUUUGCGCCAACUAUGCAAAGUUUGCGAGAUGCUAUUGACGAAUAUGAAAGAUUGGUCAUAAAUAACGAUGAAGUCAAUAAUGAAACAACUGAAGACGGAAGUCAAGGCGCUAAUGCUUCAGAAAUGAUGAGCUUCGAACUGAUGGAAGCCAUUCAUAAUCAGCCCAUUGAUAGACAGAUGUCACUUUUAGCUACUGAAGCUGCGCUAAAAACGUCGGCACAAAAAGCAAAUCAGCUUCGAUCUUUAGUUGAGAGACGAAUACGUGUUGCUGUUGUUUCUUUAGUUGAGACGCAAGUAAAGAAGUUGGAGUUAAAAAUGAAACAUUUUGAAGAAUUGGAGGCCAUUUUGGAGAAGGAAAGGUCAGAGUAUGAGAUGAAAAGGAAGGCAGUUUCGGAGGAAAGAUUAAAGUAUGUUUCGGAGCAGAAUGAAAUAAUGGCCGAGUUACAACAGAAAGCUGUACAAGAACAGCAACAAAUGGCACUGGACGACCAGGUCAUGCAAUACUACCAGAAUGGCCAAGACUCGAAUGUAAAUACAUAAAAUAAAAACUAUAUUGAUUUUUUUUGUUUUUAUGCUUCAAUUUCCAUUGAAAUGGUUUUACAAGUGAAGUUUUGUAAUAGCAUGUCAUAAGUGCCAUAAGCCAAAUUAGUUAUUUUGUUUUGAAUGAAAUUUAUUUAUUUGUAGA